UGGCGCGUCACGUGACAGGUCGGCGGCGCCGGCGGUUGCUGUCAGCUGAGUCCUGUGUUGGUGGCAGCGGCAGUCGCGGCGAUGGACUUUCUGCUGGGGAACCCGUUCAGCUCUCCGGUGGGACAGCGCAUCGAGAAAGCUACCGAUGGCUCCCUGCAGAGCGAGGACUGGGCCCUCAACAUGGAGAUCUGCGACAUCAUCAACGAGACGGAGGAGGGUCCCAGAGAUGCCUUCCGGGCAGUGAAGAAGAGAAUCGUGGGGAAUAAGAACUUCCAUGAGGUGAUGCUGGCUCUGACGGUCUUAGAAACCUGCGUCAAGAACUGUGGGCACCGCUUCCACGUGCUGGUGGCCAGCCAGGACUUCGUGGAGGGGGUGCUGGUGAGGACCAUCCUGCCCAAGAACAACCCACCCACCAUUGUGCACGACAAGGUGCUCAGCCUUAUCCAGUCCUGGGCUGACGCGUUCCGCAGCUCGCCCGAUUUGACAGGUGUCGUUGCCGUCUACGAGGACCUCCGGAGGAAGGGCCUGGAGUUUCCCAUGACUGACCUGGACAUGCUUUCGCCCAUCCAUACGCCCCAGAGGACUGUAUUCAACUCAGAAACACCUUCAGGACAGAAUUCUGUGGGUACUGACACCAGUCAGCAAGUGGACUAUAACCAGCACACCGCCCCUCUGUCCACCCCGGCCGUACCUCCUAGCGACACACCCAUAGCACCAACCCCUGAGCAGAUUGGGAAGCUGCGCAGUGAGCUGGAGAUGGUGAGCGGGAACGUGAGAGUGAUGUCAGAGAUGCUGACGGAGCUGGUGCCCACCCAGGCCGGGCCUGCAGACCUGACGCUGCUGCAGGAGCUCAACCAGACAUGCCGAGCCAUGCAGCAGCGGGUCCUGGAGCUCAUCCCCCGAAUCACCAACGAGCAGCUGACCGAGGAGCUGCUUAUCGUCAAUGACAAUCUCAACAAUGUGUUCCUACGCCACGAACGGUUUGAACGGUUCCGAACAGGCCAGACCGCCAAGGCCCCAAGCGAGGCCGAGUCAGCAGCUGAUCUGAUCGACAUGGGCCCUGACCCAGCAGCCCCCAGCCACCUCUCAUCCCAGCUGGCAGGAAUGAACCUGGGCUCCAGCAGCGUAAGGGCCGGCCUGCAGUCUCUGAAUGCCUCUAGCCGAUUGGAAGACGAGUUUGACAUGUUCGCGCUCACACGGGGCAGCUCACUGGCCGACCAACGGAAAGACGUCAAAUAUGAGGCCCCCCAAGCAACAGACGGCCUGGCUGGAGCCCUGGACGCCCGGCAGCAGAGCACCGGAGCGAUGGAAGGCAGCAGUGAGAAGAGCCUCAGUGACUGGAUGGUGAGAAAAGGCAUGAUCCCCGUCACCCAGGCCUGCCUCAUGGAGGACAUCGAGCAGUGGCUGUCCACUGAUGUGGGGAAUGACGCUGAAGAGGCGAAGGGCGUCACCAGUGAAGGUAAAUUUGACAAGUUCCUGGAAGAACGGGCCAAGGCCGCAGAUCGGUUGCCCAACCUCUCCAGCCCCUCAGCCGAGGGUCCCCCAGGUCCCCCUCCUGGCUCCGCCCCUCGGAAGAAGACCAAGGAGAAAGAUGACGACAUGCUGUUUGCCUUAUAAGUGCUGGGCCUGGCUCCACAGCCCAGAUCCCCGCUGCUCCCAUACCCCGAGGCUGGGGCCUCUUUUCCCUCCUUCGGUGUUUAGGCUGCUUUGAGGGUAGCUGUCCCCUUCUUCUCUCUUUGAUGGAGCUGACCCAGCUGCAGCCGGGUCAUGCUGCCUGGGGGAUGGGGAGUGUGGAUGAAUCAGGGGGACUGGUCAAUUCUCCACUGGACACCUGCCUUCUUCCCCGCCCCAAUCAACCACUACGAUUUCGUUGAGAACUGGGAGACCCUGUGACAGGCUGGCUGCUCGGAUCCCCUGGUGUGACUCUCUCCCUGUCCUGGGCGACCCCCUCCAUGAGUGCAUCCCCAGAGGAGCCCUCUUCUGGGCCCACACUGCCAGGCAAGGACUUGCUGGGGGCUGGGGGCUGGGGACAGGAGAAGCCCUUUGCUGAAGCCUCGGGUCCAUCCUCCGGCCCGUGCCUGGUGGAGCCCUAAGGCUUCACUGGCUGCAUGCUGUCCAGGUACAAAGCUGAGUAUGCUAGGGGCAAGACCAGGGCAGCCCAGGCUGCAGGCUGAGGCUCCCGCGAAGCCUGGAGCACCUGUAGCCCCUGCCGCCACCUCCACUGCCUUUUUCAUCCAUCUUUUCUCUCUUCAUUUCAGACAGGCCUCCACCAGGCACUGGGGCCCACGUGUUCUUGACCCUCUUGUCCUGAGAGAAGUGCCUUUUGUAUCCCCAAUUAAAGGUAGAAAACCA